AUGAAUUUUCUUCUAAUAACCAUUUUCAUUUCAUUAUUGAUCUAUUCUAUUGAAGCUGGCCAAUAUGAAGUACAUAAUCGGCCAAAUUAUUUAUCAUUAAAUUCAAACAAAAAUGAUGAAAAUUCAAAUCAAUUAACAGUAUCAAAUUUUGCUAAUAAUUUUGCAACGAUUUUAGGUUUAUCAUCGGAUCAGACAGAAAAACAAGAAGAACCUAUGUUUUAUUCAACACGUCCACUUGAAAUUCCAUCAUCAACAUGGCUAAUUCAUAUUGAAGGACUUGAUCGAUUAUCUGAUACUGGUACUCCAUUGGAAGAUAACUGUGAAUUUGAUAUUAAUUCACUUCAAUCAAAGUUAAAUCAAAUUGGUAAUUAUGAUAUUUUAAGUACUGGAUCAAUUGUAAUCAGUUCGAAAUCAGAUUUGGAUAAUCUUGAACAAAUACUUAAAGAUCAAAUAUCACGAUUGAAUGAAAAAGCAUCAGUUAACUAUAUUGUCAUUGUUUGUGAUGAUUGUCAAAAUGAUAAUGCAGUUCAACAAUUACAAAAUCAAUUAAAGACAGCCAUUGAUAAAAUUAUUGCAAAUGAUCCUCAAACAUUAGCUAUGACAUUAGCAACAAAACAAAGUGCACGUAUACGUCGAGCACGACAAACUGAAGAAAGUGCAAAUGUAACAAUUGCACCAAUGUAUUCAGAUGACUAUCCAGUAAUGUUUAAUUUAUUUUUUUGGACAUCAUUGGUUUUAGCAUUAAUUGUCAUAAGUAUAGUUUAUGUAUUCUUAACAUUAGAUCCAGGAGCGGAUACAAUUAUUUAUCGUAUGACAGCACCAAGAUUAAAAGUUGAUUAA